CCUUGAUGGUUAUGUGACUUUAUUUGUCUAAACUCUCCCAAGAAAUGUAAUGUUUAGCUAUAAACAUUUCUAAAUAUGCUUUUGUUUUUAUAAGCUGUCAGUGUUUGUAUGUGUCGCCAUAGUUUCAGGACAGGUGGGUGACGCGCUCUUUGUUUGCUCGGUUGGACGGGAACGCGCCUGCGUGCCCACGCCCUUUAUCUCAGGUGCGUUCGGUGACCUCAUCUCCCAGAGGACAAACAGACUGCAGGUGAAGAAGACGUAUCGUAAAUACCUAGUGGUGUAGUAUUUAGCAUUUCCGUUGCUGACUUAAAGCAACCUAUUAUACGGUUUUGCAAAGUUUUAGCAGACAGUAGAAGCUUAGUUUAGUGCGUAGCAGCAGUUCGCUGUGGCGAAACGUUCUUUUAUUUUUGCAUAAACAUUAAAGCAGCGUAAUACUUUUCCACUCGCUUUUUUUCUCACUCUCGGAGCAAACGGAGACUAUGAGCAUUUCAACCGAGAAAGCAGACGACAUGGCGGAUUUUUUUAAAACGGUGGGCGAGGUGAGAAGCCUCAUUGAAAAAAUCUCCAGCCAAGCAGAGGAAAUGGAAAGAAGACACAGCUGCAUCCUCUCCUCGUCAAACAGCAGCAAGGGAAGCAAGGAUGAACUUGACCUGCUCAACAACGAGACCAGAAAGAACGCUAACUUGGUCCGAGCCAAGUUAAAAUUAAUGGAGGAGAACUAUCCAUCAGAUGACAACAGAACUAAUAACUCAGUAAUCCAUCGAAUUCGAAGGAAUCAGCACUCCCAUUUGACUCGCUGGUUUUCUGAAGUCAUGAAGAAUCACCAUAAGGUCCAGAUUUCCUUCAGAGAGAAAUGCAAGGCUCAAAUUCGGAGACAGCUAGAGAUCGUGGAUAAAGUCACAACAGAUGGCGAGCUGGAGGAUAUGCUGCAACGUGAAAAUCUUGCCAUCUUCAUAUCUAAUAUCCAGUCUGAUGCCCACUUAUCAAGUCGGGCUCUCACAGAGAUUGAAAGACGUCAUCAGGACAUCAUCAGCCUUGAAUACACCAUAAAAGAGCUACAUGAGAUAUUUACAGACACAGCCAUGCUGCUGGAAAUUCAGGGGGAGUUAAUCAACAAUAUUGAAAAGAAUGUCACCAGUGCUGGCGAAUAUGUCGAUGUAUCAAAGGAAGAAACCAAUAAGGCUCUCUUAUAUAAGAAGAAUCCUUAUAAGAUUGCAUCUCUCCCAAGGUUCUUCAAGCCCUUUAGGAGACAAUCCAGUGACAAAACCGCUGCUGAAGAGAACUCUUCCUAAGAUUGCAUCAAACAUUCCUGAUCUGUGUCAAACAUAUCAGACCGUUGGAAAUUGAUUUCUUAUCCAAUUUAUAUAGUCUCUCAUUUACUAUAUUUCAUUUUUUUUUUAAACUGAGUGAAAAUUUCAAACUUGUGUAAAAAUAACUUAUGACCACAAAUGCAUAAGAAACCUUGCUUUUCAAUGCAAUGUUUUAUGUCAAGAAUUUAGAUGUCAUACAGGAAAAAUGUGGUGAAUUUCCUUGUAUCGGUUUAACACCCCAGAUGGAGACAGUCAUUUCAUACUUUCUCAGUCAGUAGGUGGCACUGUAUCGCUAUUAUAAAGGUGGCCUGUAACUUGUCCAAAACGUGUACUUUGAUAAUGUGCCUCUGUUCAAAGAGGUUCAAACUGUAUUCAACACAAAGUCAAAUAUUUAUUGUGUGUAUACUGUUGGUUCAAAAUGAAUGUUGUGUGAAGUUCCUAAACUUUGUAUGUUGUGUUGCCUCCUCAGAAAAUGUGGAGUCUGCUGAUAUGACUGAUUAAUGUAAGGUCAUUUUAUUUUUAUUUUUUUUACUUUCUUAAUUGCCGUACUUAAAUAAAAUCUGACCAAAUCUGCUCAAACACAAAAGUAAUGUUUGUAGAUUAUGUUAAAUAUUAUUGCUGGUUUAGUCAACGUGUACAUUUUUUUUAGAUCUCCAAAAUUCUGGGUAUGAAUGGAUAUUUUGGUAUACACAAUUUGCUUAGUUAAUAUUCCUCUUAGUUUUAUUUUGUCCAGAUUUCAUGUAAUCCUUUACUCUUAUUUUUUUUAAUUAUAUGCAUAAAUGACGCAACAGUUUUUGAUGCAUUCACAAACCAAAAAAGAUUUCAAUUCCAAUGUAUUUAAUAAACAGGCAGAAACAUGUUUUUUUUUUUUGUUUGUUUUUUUUGACUUGCUGAUCAAUGGAAAAUUUGCCUAUUUCAAUUGCUGGUGGAUCAGCUGAUGAAUCACUUGGUAUU